CACUAUGGACAGAGCCUCCACAGAGCAGCUGCCUGCCUACCACAGGCCCAGCUGACAUGGGGACUGUCAGAGCAACGCAGCUGUGCUGGGUGAUCCUUGGCUUCCUCCUACUCCAAGGCCACAACUCUCAGCCCACAACAAUGCAGCCCUCUAGCCCUCAGGGAGCCUUCAAUCUAAGUCUGUCCACAGAGUCAACUCCCAACACAGCUGCUCCAGAGAAGGCCUCACAGGUCCCCACAGUAGCCAGUAAAACCGGGACGCCAAAGUUAAGCAACAUGGAUGGUCACUCCCAGAUCUCGUCACACCUGACUCCUCCCCAGCCACAACAGCACAUAUCAGAAUUUGCCACCUCUCAAAGUGUUACCACCAAAUCAGCCACCAUGAGCCUGAGGACAAGAGAAGACCCUGCCAUCCUGCCCAGCCCUACGUCAGAGACGGUGCUCACUGUAGCUGCAUUUGGUGUUAUCAGCUUCAUUGUCAUCCUGGUGGUCGUUGUGAUCAUCUUGGUCAGUGUGGUCAGUCUAAGGUUUAAGUGUCGGAAAAAUAAGGAACCUGAAGACCCGCAGAAACCUGGGAGUUCCGGGCUGUCUGAAAGCUCCUCCACAGCCAUUGGAGAGAAAGAUAGCAUCACCCUCAUCUCCAUGAAGAAUAUCAACAUGAAUAACAGCAAAGGUUGCCGCUCAGCAGAGAAGGUUCUUUAAAAGCAACCUGGGGUCCCUACAAGUCCGAGAAUGAUGCAGCUUCCCCGUGACUGUAAGGAAGAAGGCGAUGGGAUCAGAAGAGGCAAUAAACCACAUAAAUUAUUUUUUUGUUUCACUUCUACUCCAUACUACAAUCCUCCAGAUCUACAGGAUAUUUACAUCCCUCUGGAUCUAGGAGCAAAUAACCACUACAAGAGCCUCUUUCCUACAUGGACAGCCACUCUAGAAACAUGACCAGCUCCUCCUACCUUCUCAACGUCAUAGGAAGGAGAAGUCUGUAGAGCAAAAGUAAGGAAAAGGACAAAGUGGAUUGCUCCGUUCUACUUGGCAUUAAAAUUAUUUUCUGGCCUGCGGUCUCAUUUCUUUUAAGGUCUGUGGUCCCAUGCACAUUUCUUAACAGGACGUUCUAGCAGCUCUGGGGCCACCUUUUCUAGGUGAGGCAUGCAUGCAAGUUUCUGCCCCUAUGGGGAGCAACCUGCGAGACUGGGAGGUGGAGAGAACUUUUUGUCAGGUCUGCCUCCGUCCAUCUAGUUUGUUAAGUAGGGAUGAAAUGACUGGCUAACUUAGCCACUCUAACAGAGGGGAGAGAAAAGGAGCUGUAACCAGUGACCAGUCGUCAACAAUAAAGAAAUAUUAAAUCUGGAGAGCGAGAACAUGGGAGACACAACGCAUUCUGACUAGGAAACCCCAGUGGUAAGAGCUGAAUAUUAGAAGGGCAAAUGUCCCCUGCCUGCCCCAGAGUAGACAAGCCUCACUGUGGUUCUAGCUGUGGGCAUAACACUGGGGAGGUCUGGAGCGAAGAUGGGUCUGAUUUUAUAAAGCAAAACCCACCCAUUUAACCCCAUACAGCUUUACCUUUGUGUCCUAAAAAUAAAGGAUAGCAAAUAAUGUAAAAUCAUUUAAAGAGAAGGAGGAAAAGAAAGGAAUUACCUGUCUUCUUAGCAAUUUGUGUUUGAAAAUAAAUCUUGGGGAGAGUCUAUGAAGAGUCAUCUGUGUAUGUUUGCAAGCAGUGUUUCUAUAAGCAUCUAAACCGCUAGUUGGCUGUUCAGAGCAGAGAACACAGAUAACCCAUU